GGCCAGCCCUGGCACAAAGUGAACCGGGGAAGAGCUUUCUGCCGCGAGGAGGCCGAGCUGCGGCUGGCCAGGGACCGCGCCCCGCUGGGCGAGGAGAAGGAGGAAGCAGCAGCAGACGUCGGCUCCAGCGGGACUAGUAGCGACCUGCUCCGGGCGGAGGAGGCAGCGCAGCAGGGCGCGGGAAGCUGCAGUGCCCGCCUCCCUCUGAUCUGAGCGCAGGUGAACCCGCCUGCAGCUGCCGCCGGCUCCUCUCCCAGCCAGCGCGUCAGGGCGAGCGGCCUCGGGGCCCUGCGACCCGCCGGGGAAGGCCAUCCGAGUAAAGGAAAAGGAGGGAAAAUGAAAUUCCUAUUCUUAAUAGCUUUCAUCCAUGUCUUACCACAAUGCACAGGGAAACCUUUAGGCAGGGAUGACUGCCACCAACAACCAUCUGAAGAAAUUAAAAGAGAAAUAGCUGGGUAUUCUGAUAUUGCCAAGGCUAUUAUCAACCUAGCUGUUUAUGGCAAAGCCCAGAACAGAUCCUAUGAAAGAUUGGCACGUUUUGUUGACACCACUGGACCUAGACUCAGCGGCUCAAAAAAUCUAGAGUUGGCCAUCAAAUACAUGUUUAAUGCCCUGUUGGAGGAUAGGUUGGAAAAUGUCAACUUGGAGCCUGUAAAAGUGCCUCACUGGGAGAGGGGAGAAGAGUCUGCUGUGAUGCUGGCACCAAGGAACCACAGCGUUGCUAUUUUAGGACUUGGAAGCAGUGUUGCAACUCCUCCAGAAGGAAUUACUGCUGAAGUCCUAGUGGUCACUUCUUUUGAUGAUCUACACAAAAGAGCUCAAGACGCCAAGGGGAAGAUUGUUGUUUACAAUCAGCCUUUCGUCAGUUAUGAAGAAACAGUCAAAUACAGAUUACAGGGAGCAGUUGAAGCUGGUAAAGUUGGAGCGGUGGCAUCCCUUAUCAGAUCGAUUACUUCCUUUUCUAUUUAUAGCCCUCACACUGGGUGGCAGGCAUACCAAUCUGAUGUGCCUAAGAUUCCGACAGCUUGCAUUUCAAUAGAAGAUGCUGAAAUGAUGGCACGGAUAUCUUCCCGAGGUACCAAGAUUGUUGUAACCCUGAAGAUGGGAGCCAAGACCUAUCCUGAUUCUGUUUCCUUUAACACUGUGGCAGAAAUAGUUGGGAGCAAGUACCCAGAACAGGUUGUACUAGUCAGCGGACAUCUGGACAGCUGGGAUGUUGGGCAGGGAGCCAUGGAUGACGGUGGUGGAGCAUUUAUAUCAUGGGAAGCAUUGUCUCUUAUUAAGGAUCUUGGGCUCCGCCCCAAGAGAACUCUGCGGUUGGUGCUGUGGACUGCAGAAGAACAAGGAGGGGUCGGUGGUGAGCAGUACUACCAGUUACAUAAGGGGAACAUCUCCAACUUUGACAUCGUCAUGGAGUCUGAUGUGGGGACCUUCAUGCCAACGGGCCUGGGCUUUACAGGCAGUUGUAAAGCUCAUGCCAUCCUGAAAGAGGUCAUGCAGCUGCUGCAGCCUAUCAAUGUUACAGACAUUUACGAAAAUGGUAGUGAAACAGACACUGGUUACUGGCUGAAAGAUGGAGUGCCAGGUGCCAGCUUGCAUGAUGACGACAGUAAAUACUUCUGGUUUCAUCAUACCCAAGGGGACACAAUGACAGUUCAAGAUCCAAGCCAGAUGAAUCUCUGUGCUGCUAUUUGGACUGUCGUCUCCUAUGUAAUUGCUGACAUGGAAGAGAUGUUGCCAAGGAAAUAAAACAGCAAGAAAGAAGACUUGCAUUUUUCAGUCCACUAAAGCAUGUGGUCCACAGCUGUGGGAAAUUCCUUUUCCAUUCUAAUUUUUGCUGAUUUUUGUUUCUGUUCUUUUGCCUCAAAGCAUAUUCUUUUUCCAUGGUUCUGGUUCUGUUUGCUGAUUUAAUGCCUUCCAUUUGUGAUGUUUAUUUCAUGUUUCUUCUAUUAAGUAUUUUUACCUUCUAAUCAAUGCCUAAUGUCUGUGUCCCAAAAUUGUGGCAAAAUAACCAUCUAUAAACAAGUAAUCCUAUCUACCAGGAAAAUACACUGAAUAGAUCUGUUGCAGUAGUUCUAUUGUGUUUACAUGUAACAUGUACAUGUACAUGUUACAUGUAACAGGGUUUGGGUUUGGUUUUAUUUUGGGGUUUUUUUGUUUGUUUUUUUGUUUUUGUUUAGCUAAUAGAAUGAUACAUGAUCACUAAAAGUAAUCUCAUGCUUCCAUAGCCUUUUAAACUAAUACAGUGUUCACAUAUAUAACCCGCCCUAUAAUGCCAAGAUUAACCCUAGAGGUUACAAUUUGCAUAAUGCCUUGUCUUAAAGGUGCAAUGGUAAAACUAUAGCUUUAAACUUUUCCAAAUCCAUUCAUAUCUUGCUUUUACUGACACUUCAAACACAAUUCAUACUGAAAUCUUACGUAGAUAAGGUUGUUCAAUUCACACUUCAUCUAGGAAAAGCCAAGACUUACAUCAUGGAGGGGAAACAGAAGAAAGAUUGAGAAUUCUGUCAGUACCCCCAGUUGGAGGGAGCUUGCCUGCCAUUUGGUGUUAAGCUUUACUACCUGGCCCUGAAAGGCCAGGUUACAGCAGUUGCCACAAGUGCUUCCCAUUGUCUUUUGGGAAGAAUGUUGUAUCCUGUUCUUUCUGUGUCAGGUUUUACCAUAUGUAUCUGCAAUGCAUUUUUAUAUGGCUCCAUCUCCUACCAUGCCAAAGAUACGGUACAUCUGUGUUCUGUGAUCUUCACUGCUUGCCAGCUGAUAACCUGGGUGAAAUUUAAGGAGUUGGCUUUGACCUGUACAGUACUAAACAUUUCUAGUCCUUGAGUUGUCUGUUCCCAUGACAGCGGAAUUCUAAACAGAAAAAGUCUGGUGGUCUUCAGUCAUUGGAGAUUUUUGCUGUCAUCAGUCUAAAUUCACAUCUUUGUCCUGUUUUUGAGACCUGUUUUUGAGACCUUUCAUGAAUUUUGGCACCACAUCAUUAUCUGUCAAGGUCUGUCAAUGUGAUUUUGCUCCUCAAAGAUCGAUAGGUUUCCAACAUGAAGAAGAAACUUUGUGUUACAAGUUUUAAUCUCUACCCCCAUAUGAGCCAUCCUUACUAAAAGAGAUAUUUUUGUCAUUAAAGCAAGUUCACUAGUUGCCAUUAUGUCAACAGGCAGAUUAUUCUGAGUUGGGAGUACUAUAUAGGAUGCCCUAUUAUAUGAGACUUCCAGAUGAAGCUGCCUGUACAUACCUCCAAGAUACAUAACAAAGUACAAUUCCAUAUUUCACAUAAAAAUUAUUCUUCCCACUAUCUUCUCAAAAGAGAAUCUGUACUACAAAUUGGAUGUUAAAAGGGCAGGUCCAAUUUACCAGGAAAAAACGUAAUGAGAGAAUGUACCACAGUCUUCGGGAAAUACCAUCUGAGAUGCAUAGAAAGCAAAACUUCUAUAUUUACAAUUGCAUAUUAGAUCACAGCUUGCAUUGAAGGGGCUAUAAAACAAAUAAAAUUAUUUCUUCUGAAGAUAAUAUGUUUUCUACCAGUCUCAUGGACUGAGAGGAAUGGAUAAUCUUCAGAGGAGAAUUGCAGACCAGCUAUUUUGCCAAACUUACAUUUUUUCCAGUAGACACUGUAGAAUUCAUAAACUUGGCUUUUCAAAUGCCUUUAUUUCAAAGGUUCUACAACAGGCCUGGGCAAAAUGCAUCCCACAGGCCGGAUCCAGCCUGUCAAACCACCAGAUCCGGGCCGCGAACGCUGUGGGGAGCCCCUGACAGGCUCCCCACUUGCCUUGCCCCACCCGCACGCUGCUCAGAAAUGCAGCUGCAGGGCAGUUUUUCUUUAAAAAAUGUGAGUCUGGAGGGGAGGGGGAAAGCUUUAGGAGCUGCUCUCACCCCCAGCAUAAUCCCAUUGGCCAGU